CGCGGAAUAGACUGUCCCCGGAUUUAACACAAACACAGAGUUUAUUACAGCUCUGCCUCCUCACGCGCACUUUCGCACCUUGACCUGCAGGCAGUGCUCUCCGCAGCAUCUAUCUGCCCUCCGCCGCCGUGUUCUCCGGGGGCAGACGGGGCAUGUGGGCUUUAACUGUCAAACGGUGAAAAGUUUCAUUUCGCUGCAGGUUUGGAGUCAUCGAACACGAGGGCUCCCCGUUCUGAGCUGGAUUUUCAUUUGAUUGUAUUUGAUGGGAUCUCAUUUCUGUGAUCAUUGCCGUGGAAGCUAGGAUCGUUGAGGAUUUGGGGAUCUGUCUGGGUUAUUUGCGUGCAGCCGGCAUGUUGUGGAUGGAAGCUAUAGUGUUUUGGAUUACUGUGCCGGUGAUACUUUGUGCCGGGGCUGAUGUGAAAGCUCGCAGCUGCAGUGAAGUCAGGAAGGCGUACAGCUCCAAGGGAUUCAGCCUGGUCAAUGUCCCCUAUCAGGAGAUCGCAGGGGAACAUCUCCGCAUCUGUCCCCAGGAAUACACCUGUUGCACAAACGAAAUGGAAGACAAGCUGAGUGAGGAAAGUAAGGUGGAAUUUGAGAACCUUGUUGAGGACACAAGCCGUUUUGUGCGUACUACCUUUGUGUCUUGGCAUAAAAAAUUUGAUGAUUUUUUUAGAGAACUUCUGAAAAAUGCAGAGAAGUCACUAAAUAACAUUUUUGUGAGGACGUAUGGAAUGCUGUACAUGCAUAACUCCGAAGUUUUCCAGGAUUUAUUUAUUGAGUUAAGACGUUACUACACAGGAGGCAACAUCAAUCUGGAAGAAAUACUAAAUGAUUUUUGGACCCGUCUGCUAGAGCGCAUGUUUCAGUUUAUUAAUCCACGCCACCAUUUCUCUGAAGACUACCUUGAAUGUGUAGGCAAAUACCUUGAUCAGCUGAAGCUAUUUGGAGAUUUACCUAGAAAACUUAAAACUCAAGUGAUAAAAGCUCUCAUUGCGGCACGAACGUUUGUUCAAGGUCUGUCAGUGGGUCGAGAUGUAGUAAACAAAGUAUCCAAGAUCAGCCCAAAUCCAAAGUGUAUCCGUGCUCUCAUGAAGAUGUUAUACUGUCCUUAUUGUCGUGGACUUCCCAGUGUAAAACCGUGCAACAACUAUUGCCUUAACGUGAUGAAAGGCUGUCUGGCUAACCAAGCAGAUCUAGAUAUUGAAUGGAAUCUCUUCAUAGACGCCAUGCUUUUAGUAGUUGACAGAUUAGAGGGGCCCUUCAAUAUUGAGGCAGUCAUGGAUCCUAUGGAUGUUAAAAUUUCAGAAGCUGUAACUAACUUGCAAGAAAACAGCUUUCAAGUGUCAGAAAAGGUGUUUGCAACAUGUGGUCAGCCCAAAUCCUCUUAUUCUUUAAGGUCUUCACGAUCAUAUUCAGAGAGAUACAAUAAUCGCUUCCAUUCAUACAAUCCAGAUGAAAAACCCACAAUUACGGCUGCCACAAGUCUGGAUAGGCUGAGGACAGUAUGGAGGACAAAGCAAAAUGCAGUAACAGAAAUUAAAGAAAAACUAAAGGUUUCACAGAAAUUCUGGUCAACGUUGCCACAGAGCAUUUGCAAAGAAGAGAGGAUAACUGGAAGAUUACCGAAUGAAGAGGAAUGCUGGAAUGGACACAGUAAAGCAAGGUACCUUCCCGAAAUAAUGACGGAUGGAUUGAUAAAUCAGAUCAAUAAUCCAGAGGUGGAGGUGGACAUCACUAAGCCAGAUACCUCUGUAAGGCAGCAAAUCAUGGCUCUUCGUGUUAUGACAAACAAACUGAAGAACGCCUACCAUGGCAAUGAUGUCAAUUUUCAAGACACAAGUGAAGAAACGAGUGGUUCGGGAAGUGGAAGUGGCUGCAAUGAUGAUAUCUGCCCUACCGAGAAUGACUUCUUUACCACAGAAGCACAACCUUUUGACUCGGACAGAAGAGAGGAUGAAUUUUCUGCAGCUCCACAGAUGAGUCGAUCACUUCCUGCACUCUCCAUCUGUAUGUUCGUGGCUCUAGAAGGAUACAUGAGAUAAUCUGGGAAUUACUACAAUAAGACUUUUUAGUUGUGAAAAUAAGAAAACCAUUUCCUUUUUUUUUUUUUUUUUUUUUUUACACUUUUGGCCAACGGACCAUGACAAAACACUGACAAUUUUCUACGUUCAAGUGGUUUCCUGAUGUUAUUUUUCCGCACUCUUGUUCAAGCCCCUUAAUUUUGUAACAUAUUUCCAGUUCAAUAUAUAUUUUUUGUUUGCUUGAAAUUAUAUUUGCAGAGCUUUAUUGGUUCUCAGGUCAAAGUGAUCAAAAACUGUCAUUGUCACCAAAAAGUAAAACCUAUUAAAAUAAAACACAAGAUAACGUCUGAAAUCUAAACUGAGAGCAACGCAAGCCCUGCUUUAACAGCCAGGACAUUCAUUUUCCGUUUAAUUAUACCAACGUGUAACAAAAUAAUAAGCUAGUUGACCACUGCAUUUGGGGAAAAUAACCAAAUUGUAUAUUUGAGAAAUAAAAGAAAUUUGGUUGUAUUGAAGGUAGUCCUGAAAAUAAGAUACAUUAAAAAAGGUGAGACCAAGAUCAGUUUCAGCUGUUUAUUCAUCUAAUUGUUAAUUCAAACUUGAUUUCCAU